AUGUCGCCAGUCUCACUGCCUUCGGAUUUCGAAUGGGGCUUUGCAACAGCAGCAUACCAGAUCGAGGGGGCCGUGGAUGAAGAUGGGCGUGGUAAGUCGAUCUGGGAUACUUUCUGUCAUCUUCAGCCCACGAGAACCAAGGGGGCAGACGGGGAUGUCGCUUGUGACCACUAUCACCGAUAUGAAGAAGAUCUUGAUCUCCUUUCCAGAUACGGUGCAGCAUCUUAUAGAUUCUCAAUCUCCUGGUCUCGCAUUAUCCCUCUGGGGGGAAGGGAUGAUCCUGUGAACGAAGCAGGCAUUGCAUUCUAUGACAAGCUCAUCGACGCUCUCCUUUCAAGGGGAAUCACCCCAUGGGUUACCCUGUAUCAUUGGGAUCUUCCUCAAGGCAUUCACGAUCGAUACGGUGGCUGGCUGAAUGUAGAGGAGUCGCAACUUGACUUUGAGAGAUACGCGAAGGUCUGCUAUGAGCGAUUCGGAGACCGAGUCAAGAACUGGAUCACGAUCAAUGAGCCAUGGAUUGUUUCAAUCUUUGGAUAUGGCAACGGGUGGAACGCACCUGGACGCAGCAGCAUAAAUCCAAUGGCCGUCCAGGGUGAUACUUCCACAGAGCCUUGGGUUGUUGGCAAAGCCUUGAUCAUGAGCCAUGCCCGGGCGACUUCACUGUAUAAUCGUGAUUUUCGUCACUCUCAAAAGGGCAAGAUCGGUAUUUCCCUGAAUGGCGAUUAUUAUGAGCCUUGGGAUAGUCAAGAUCGGCGAGAUCAUGAGGCUGCCGAGCGCCGAAUGGAGUUUCAUAUUGGAUGGUUUGCCAACCCCGUGUGUCUCGCGCAAGAUUACCCAGAGUGUAUGAGGGCUCAAUUGGGAGAACGGCUCCCCCAUUUCACGGAGUCAGAUUUCGCCCUACUCAGGAAUGCUGAUAUGGACUUCUAUGGGAUGAACUACUAUACAUCCCAGUAUGCCCAAAAUCGAGGAACCAUUCCUCUAGACACCGACUUCCUGGGAAACGUGAAUGAGUUGCAAGAAAACAAGGAUGGUAUGUCAAUCGGAGAGAAGAGUGGUGUAUCUUGGCUUCGAUCAACCCCAGACCUGUUCCGCAAGCACUUAACUAGGGUGUAUCGAAAAUAUGGCAAGCCGAUUUAUGUCACAGAAAAUGGGUGCCCUUGUCCUGGCGAAGACAAGAUGACAUGUGAAGAGGCCGUCAACGAUGACUACCGAGUCCAAUACUUUGCAGACCAUCUCGAUGCAAUUGGAAGAUCUUGCGAAGAUGGCUCCGAUAUCAGAGGAUAUUUUGCGUGGUCUUUGAUGGACAAUUUAGAAUGGUCCGAUGGAUAUGGAGUUCGCUUUGGCGUUACCUUCACUGAUUACGACACUCUAGAACGAACUCCGAAGCGAUCUGCUCUGCUUUUGAAAACGAUGUUUGAUGAACGCAUGAGCACCGCACGAGAACAUGACGCAGGUCCGGUGGGCUUGAAUGAGCCUAAGCCACGUAUAUGA